UGUAUAAAAUGUGAUCGGUUGUCUAUUGACUUCAGUACCGCAUCACUAUUGUCGCGAGAAGAAGAUCAUUCGAGUAAAAUUCCUUCAGUCGAUAAAAUGGCAAAGUUUGUAUUGUUAUUCUUGAGUGUUGCACCAAUCAGUUCAGUAUUAUGUCAAAUACCAUCGUACUUGAAGAUAUGCGGUCGAAGAGAUCCAGAUCUCGGUGGCUGUAUCAAGACCAGUAUCGAAUCCCUCCGCGAUAAUCUUCGAGUUGGAAUGCCUGAAAUUCACGUACCAUCUGUUGAGCCUCUGAAUAUUGAGGAGGACCUGACGAUAGCCAAUUCCGACACUUUCAAAGCACAAACCCACAACACUAAAGUGUACGGUGUUUCUGAGUUCAACCUGACGAGAGUCUCUGCUGAUUUAGAUAACACGACGUUGGAGAUCGACGCGAGUUUUGAUAAACUCAAGCUCGAGGGCGAUUAUGAUAUCCUGGCGCAAAUUCUCGUGCCAAUCAGAGCUGAGGGACCGAUUGAAAUUGAUGCAGUUGACAUUACGGCCAAACUCGUGAUGAAAUUCAAAUACAUUCGGCACAAAGGCAAAGAGCACAUCUUCUUUACCUCUACCACAUGUAAAUUAACUAUUCGUGAUUACGAAUCACAAUUUAUUUCACGUCCUGGGGAAGACCAGACCUUCUCCGAAGCCAUCAACAACGUGUUAAAUUCCAAUAAACAGGAGAUAAUAGCUGCUAUAAUCGCGGGGUUGGAGAGAGGGGUUGCUAAGGAAAUCAUCGGCGUGACCAAUCUCAUCACUACGACAUAUACCUUUGAUGAACUGCUGCCUGAUCGGGAGUGACAUGUGGAUGUAAAUUUAUGAACUGAUUUUAUUGUCUCCGAAUGACAGAGUUGGUGGAAAUUAUGAAUUCCCGUUGUGUUCUUGAGUUACACGUUCAAGUUGAGAUAAAAAUAAAUAAUGAUUUGUAAAUUACAUAAA